CAUUACGCUCUAGCUGCUGUCCUAUGCGACAAAGCGUUUUUUAUUAACAUGCUUGGUUUUUUCAUGCUAGUAUUCUUCGUUGUAUAGAAAGCUUAUUCCAUAAACCAAUUUAAUAUUUUUAUAUAGUUCUUUUUAAAGCUUAACUCACGCAGUGAAAGUUUUUCAUUUUGGCUGUGCUCUUAGUGGACUACAAACGGGCGAAAACGUCAUCUUUCGGCGCCUAGAUCCUGAUUCAAACGUUUAAAAUUGUUGGCGGUUAAAUCUAUAAACUGCUGUGCCAUGGCUCCCCUCAAAUUUGUCAUUAAGUGUGGGAACUUUGCUGUGCUGGUGGAUCUCCAUGUUCUGCCCCUGGGCGACCAAAAGGACACCAGCUGGUUUACUACGGGCUACAUCAAGGAAGUUACAGCCCUGGUUCGAGAUGCCGUGGAGCUACGGGUUAAGCAGUACUCUGAGCUCUUGCACACCAGAAGGCAACUUAAACCGAAGAAGGAACUGGCCCCUGCUUCAGCCUUUUUGGUGAAAGGGGAAAACUUCAACCUUGUGGCCAAUUUUCUGAAGAGACACUCCAAUCUCAGAUGUGUUGUCAAGCAGGAUUUGCGUUUGUUUCCUGAACGAUACAUAGUGUGUGUGAGCUGUCCAGAGGAUGCCUCAGCACACCGAAGAAACCCGAGCCUGGCCACAACUGAGCUGAGCCAACAAAGCAGAUCAGAGUAUUUUCUCAGUGCGGGAGAAACCCAAGAACUUUUAAACAGCCCGACAAAAACAAAGAAGUCUAUGCUUCAAAAGAUAGCCAAGCAAGCUAUUGACCAGCGAGAGCUCUGCGGUUCCACUGUAGGAAAGCAGCCGAUUGACCAGAGGGCCAGUCCCAAAAACCAGAGACUUGAACUAAAAGCUGGAGAGUCGGAAUUAUGUCCAGAGUCUGUGCCUGGGUCUGCACUGGAGGCUCUCCUGGAGGCAAACCACAAGGUUCCUUCCAACAUUGCCUUAACUGAAUCUAUGGCUCAGAUGUGGAGUACUCAAAAGCAGAAACAAGAGGCUGAGAGUGAAAUAAGUAAUGAGACCAGCAAGAGGUGCAAGCCCAGUGAUGGUGGAGAAGACCCCCAGUCACUGCAGGCCAAGAGAACGUGCCUUGGAAGAUCUCCAGCUACAAUGCCAAAUUUCUCCACCCUGCGCUCCUUGCAAACAUCCAAGCAUGACCUUCCUCCUCUGCAGCCCCAUCCUCCAGUUGAAGCCAAGGCAGAGUCCAAGGCUUUCCCUGUCUCAGAGUGCAAGAAAACCACAGUGGAAGUAGAGCUGCUUACUCCAGGGAAACUGGCCCAGUGGCUCCCCCUCACAAGCAAUAACACAGCACAGACAAACCAAAACAGGCUGGCCACAAGUCUGAGGGGCCUAUCUGUCAAGCCUGCAUCCUCAGGCACUUCUAUUGGUUCCAGAUCCACACUCGAAGAGGGGGGAAGUGAAAAUUUGCCCAGAACCUCGAGAUUACGACGACUGAAGAGGUCCUGAAGGGGAGAGGCAAACUUCAGUAAAGAUCCCUGACGCCACGGAGAUAGAGAUGAUAUUCUGUCAGGCUACAAGUUUGUCGCCCAUGUGGUCUCCUCGGAUGACUAUACAUGUGUUGCUUUAACUCCACUUUAUAUUCUUUUUUUUUUUAACAUGCAGCUCAUAUCAUGCACACACAGACACAAUGACAAAUGCUGAACACUUCAAUUGAUACACGAGCGUUUGAGUUAUGCUUUGUCAAAUACUUGAAACAGAUUUUGCCUCCACCCUUAAGUAGUGGUGGUCAAGAGAGGCUCGCAAAUGAAAGUCAAAAAACCUUUUAAUUGGAGUUUAGAUUUGGUUUUGUGUUAAAGAUUGGGGAUUUCAGACAGGCAGGAGCCGUGCAGUACGUCAUGGCUCUCAGACUGAAAUACUGGCUCCUACGCGUCUGAAAACUGUCCAGUAUCCCCGCUACAGCUCUGGUGUGAUUGAUAGUGGUUUCCAGAAUUAUUUCAUCACCCCAUUCUCAAAAAUGUAUUUUUUAAAGACCUAAUUUAUAUACAAUUGGCUCAGUACUUCGUUGCUAAGCACCUGAAAUGAAUCUGUAAAUUGGAAGGUAUUAUGCAGCUUUUCUUUCUGAUUUUAAGCCAAAUAUGUCUGACUAUGUGAGCAGUGGUGUUAUUUCAAAACAGCAGGGCGGCUACAUUAUCACAGCCUUAAAAAGUAGCCAGUUUUGUCCUGUUGAAUGCUGGAGCAAGACUCAAAUUUUUUCUUUUUGAUGACAUAUUACUGCCUUACACUUUUUUCUUCACUGUUUUACAUUUCAUGAUAAACAAAUGAGCUUUUGCCAAGGAAAACCCUGCAAAAACACUUGAAAUAAACAGUUGGAUCUCAUUUCAUUUCUUUGAUUUCCUCACAAAGUCCGUAUGAGCUAAUGCUUGUUGCAGUUUGUCAGUGACAGUAUUAGUAGCAGUAACCCGAGACGAGCCAGCACCAGUAGCCUGUUCUGAUCUUUGAGACAAAACGGUAGAUUAGUGUAACUGGUCCCAACAUUUUAAGGUCAUCCUCAAGAGGUGUCGCUAAUCUCUUGGCCAUGUUUAAUUCUGUCAAACUGAUUCUAAAGGAGAGAUCAUCUUAAAACUCUAGUUUGUGUUCAGAUCUGCUCGUUUAAAAGGUUUUAAAGAAAUCUGCUACUUAAACCAGACCAACAAGAGAAACGUCUGAGGAUCAUGAGGCGUGAGGGGUAUUUUUUUUUGUCUCCGGUAUCGACUUAAUACGAGGAUUGCUAACUGCAACGUGAUUAGCUGUAAAUGUACUGGGACAGGGACCUCGCUGGAGUCUAUGAUGUCUCUCCAGCUCCAGUCCCCACAGCAGCUGCACGAGAAAAGCUUUUAGAUGAUUCAACAUGUCUGGCCAGAUGCAACACAGAUGAGACUCUUCACUCGCUCUCCAGAACAAAGACAACUUUAAUUCUCUUUUCAUACAAAAAAUUUAAUAAAUAUGACUUUCAAAAAUAUAUUGCCCGAUCAACACAUAAUUCUCAAGUUCAUAACAAAAG